AUGUCUUCUCUAUUUGGACCAUCUAGAUUGCAGGAUAAGGUGGUGCUCAUCACUGGAGCUAGCGGAGGUAUCGGAGCAGCCACAGCCAUCUUGUUCGGUGAGCGGUGGGGAAAGCAGUCAAGAGUUGGAUGUGGGCAUUGCGCAUUCACCGAUUCUAUUCUGAACUCGUGACUCUGCUUGAAUUGUGCGCGGGUGGGCGCGACACUUGUCCCCCCUCCCGACAUACUUCCUGUCCACCCAUUCGGAAUUGAAUGGGGCCCAGCUCGUGCAGGUGCAAAUGUGAUUCUUACAGCCCGUCGAGCUUCCGCACUAUCGACGAUCCAAUCGCGCUGCGUGGAAGCGCACAACUCGUCCGGUCUCAAAUGCGGUGGACUCUUUCAAAGUCUAACGCUCGACGUUUCCAAAUCCAACGAUAUUUCCCAACUCGCCUCUCGGCUACCAGGGUGGGCCAAGGACAAGGUGGACAUCUUGGUCAACAAUGCGGGAUUGGUUUUGGGAGUGGAAAAGGUGGGAGAGAUUGAGGAGGAAGAGGUGAAUGUGAUGAUCGAUACGAAUGUCAAGGGCUUGAUAGGCAUGACGCAGCUCUUCAUCAAUCAGUUUAAACAGCGAGGAUCAGGUCACAUCAUUCAGAUCGGUAGCGUAGCCGGCGUAGAAGCUUAUCCGGGCGGAUCCAUCUACUGCGCAACAAAGUACGCCGUUCGAGCUUUUACCUCUGCUCUGCGCAAAGAAGUCGUCGACACGCAGAUUCGAAUCACGGAAAUUCAACCGGGACUCGUAGCUUCCGAAGGUUUCUCCCUCACCAGGUUCAGGGGAGAUCAACAAAAAGCGGAUCAGGUCUACAGUGGAUUGCAGCCGCUGAGUAGCGAGGAUGUGGCGGAAGAAAUCGUAUGGGCGGCGAAUAGACCGGCGCAUGUACAGAUUGCAGAGUCCCUCAUCUUCCCCACCAAUCAAGCGGGCCCUCGAGACGUCGCUAGACCUUUGCUGGAUCAGUCAAAGUAA